AUGGAUUCCUUCAUCCUAGUGCUGGCACUGUGCUCUCUAACGGCACCAGCCUGCGCGGACAAAGGCUCCAGCAAAGCCCGGAGUUGCUCUAAUUUUCGAACAUUUUACAAGGGGAAAUUAUUCCCUAUGGACGGUGUCCCUCAGUCGGAAAUAUCAGGGGAGCAUCUGCACAUUUGUCCUCAGGGUUACACCUGCUGUACCAGUGUCAUGGAGGACAACCUGGCCUUGCUGAGCAGCAGGGAGAUGGAGGCAGUUUUAAAAAACACCAGCCGGUCCUUACAAGUCUCGCUUGCUGGACAGCGCAAGGCCUUUGAUGGCUACGCACUUGAGAUGCUGAACCGCUCCCUGAUUAGCCUUCAGGAAACUUUCACUUCAACGUGGGGCCUUGUGUAUUUUGAGAAUUCCCAGGUUUUCUCCGACCUAUAUCAGGAUUUAUCAGAUUACUACAAAGGCUCUACUACCAACGUCAACAUGGAAGAGGUGCUCAAUGAAUUUUGGAUCAAGCUGAUGGAGAAGCUAUUUUAUACAGCAAACAAGCCAAAUUCAAUAGGUGAAGAUUACCUGGACUGUGUGUCAAAGCAAAUUGAAACGCUACGACCUUUUGGAGACACGCCCCGUAAAAUGACGCUAGAGGUCACGCAUACGUUUGUGGCGGCACGUUCGUUCCUUCAGGGACUGGUGAUCAGUGAAGACGUGGUGCGCAAAGUGUCACAGGUUCAGCUAAGCAAGGACUGCAAGAAAGCCAUCAUGAAGAUGACCUACUGUCCCCACUGUCAUGGCAUGGUCUUUGCUCAGCCGUGUGCCAACUACUGCCACAACGUCAUGAAGGGCUGUCUAGCCAACCAUGCUGACCUCAACCCUGAAUGGACCCGUCUAGCAGAUACAAUGAUCGAGGUGGCGAAGAAUCGCUUGGAAGACAUGGAUAGUGUGAUCCUUUCCCUCCCAAAUCGCAUAUCAGAAGCCAUGUUCACCAUGAUGGAGAACAUUGGCACCAUCAACAGCAAGGUCUUUCCGGCUUGUGGCAACCUGAGGAAAGAAGGAUCCGGCAGCUCCGGAGUUGAGGAGAUUAUGAAGAGUGGAAGGGUCACAGUGGAGGACAGGUUGGGAGGGAGCUCAAGCAAAAUGUCAAAGCUGCUGUCUAAUGUCACCACAAGACUGAAAGACAUGCGAUCAUACUGGAUUUCUCUACCGAGGAUUUUCUGCAGCGACAGAGCAGCACGUGGUGCAGGGGCUGAGGAUAAGUGCUGGAACGGCAUUAGCCGGGCCAGGUAUCUCCCCGACGUGAUGGGCGAUGGUCUAGCCAGUCAGAUCAACAAUCCCGAAGUGGAAAUUGACAUCACAAAACCGGACAUGAUGAUACGUCGACAAAUCAUGCAGCUAAAGAUCAUGACCCACCGCUUGAAGAAUGCUCUCAAUGGCUAUGAUGUGGACUUUCAGGACACAAGUGAUGAUGUCAGCGGAUCAGGAAGUGGUACAUGUGCAGAUGAAACGUGCUCCCGAGGACCACGCAUCAUCAUCCCCAUCAGUGACCGGCCCACUCUUUAUAUCUACCCACCAGAAAACGAGAAAGUGAAAGGCUCAGCCCAGCAGAACCUUUCUUCUGUCAUCACUCACCUACUUUCACUGCUCAUUUUGCUGCUCCAGCGAUAAUUGAAGAGAGAAUCGUGUAACUGGGACUAAGUUAGAUAAGUUGAGGAAAUGAAAAGGUUU